CUUGCGCGCCAGAGGCUCAGAGAAUUCUGACAGCUUCGAGCAGAAGCAACUGUGCUCAAAAUAGAAACCACCACUCCUCCCGCUGCCUUUCUCUCCUCGCUGCGAAUCCCACAGUUAAACAAGAUGUGCAAAGGACUUGCAGGUCUGCCGGCUUCCUGCCUGAGGAGUGCAAAGGAUAUGAAGCAUCGGCUGGGGUUCCUGCUGCAGAAAUCUGAUUCCUGUGAACACAGUUCUUCACACAGCAAGAAGGACAAAGUAGUUACUUGCCAGAGGGUGAGCCAGGAAGAAGUCAAGAAAUGGGCUGAAUCGCUGGAAAACCUGAUUAACCAUGAAUGUGGAUUGGCGGCUUUCAAAGCUUUCCUGAAGUCAGAGUACAGUGAAGAGAACAUUGACUUCUGGAUCAGUUGUGAGGAGUACAAGAAAAUCAAGUCACCUUCUAAACUAAGUCCCAAGGCCAAGAAGAUCUACAAUGAGUUCAUCUCAGUGCAAGCAACAAAAGAGGUGAACCUGGAUUCUUGCACAAGGGAGGAGACAAGCCGGAACAUGUUAGAGCCCACGAUCACCUGUUUUGAUGAGGCCCAGAAGAAGAUUUUCAACCUGAUGGAAAAGGAUUCAUAUCGCCGCUUCCUCAAGUCUCGAUUCUAUCUCGACCUGACCAAUCCUUCCAGCUGCGGGGCAGAGAAGCAGAAGGGAGCCAAGAGCUCUGCAGACUGCGCUUCCCUGGUCCCUCAGUGUGCCUAAUUCUCACACAGAGGCAGGGAGCUGAAAUGCCAAGACUCUAUGCUCUGGAAAAACCUGAGGCCAAAUAUUGAUCUGUAUUAAGCACCAUCGCUUUAUCCACAUUGUAGCCUAGUGUCCACGCUGCCUGCCGUGUGCGAGUCACUUCCACGUAAAAAGUAGACUUAGUUGUGGUGUGGGGGUUUUCAUUGGGGUAUGACCCAAUUCAUUUAAAAAUUUCCCAUCUUCUUGAGGGUGUCCUAUGACAUGUCUCCAAAUAAUGGCCCCGUAGGUCUGGAUUUUCAGAGCUUGCUGGCAGUCCCCCCCCUCCAACAGUUUGACCUCAAGUUAGUUUGGUUGGUACGCUUCAUGUGACACCAAAUGCACAUGCCAUGUGAGCCAGCAGCACUUCCUACAGACUCUCGAUGUUUAGGUGAGAUUGAUAUGUGUGUGUAUGUUAAAUACAUUUGAUAUAUGCAUAUACGUUCUGUAUAUAUUGUACCUAUUUAAAUAUGUGUGUGAAUGUGUAUGUAUAUGUAUAUACAUUCUAACGUGCACACACAUUUCUACAGGAAAAGACGGCAAAGACCUUAGGUGCUCAAAUCGGAGUGUGUACACAUGCUUACAAGCCUGUUCUGAUUUCUGGUCCUUCAUACCAUAUUUGAACAGGGCAAACUAAAAUUAACUGCCAGGCAGGCUAAGAAAGGAACCUUAACUUGCGGAGAACAAGUUCUGUAAAACCGUUGGGUCUUGAGGGAGAGGAAUCAGGGCCUCUUGUGUCUAAGCACUCAUGGCCUCCACACUGAGCACUAAGCUAAGGGGUGAAUGCUCUGAAAAAUCCACUGUCUGACUGACACAGGACUACCUUGCGUCAGUGAUCACUACCGGCACUUUUAAGUCCCUAUGCUGAUGGCCUUCCCUUCUUUGCCUGGGCGCUCAGGGCGUGCUAAUUAGCAGUUGGGUUAGUCUGGAGCUGGGCAAUGGGAUGUUUGAGUCGACUGAAGGAAUGUGGUCCAGGCCUUGCCGCCUAGCCCUGCCAAGGGCUACUGCGUCAGUGAGGGCAGAGGACCUAAAGACUAUCCCAUUUCUUUCCUCUCUUGAUAAGGUGCUUUUCUAUUCCCACCCCCUGAGGAUGUCACCUGUCAGAGGAGCCCCUUGAGUUCACUGUGGUUGGUCGUUCACUUUCAGAACCAUGGCCUCCUGCAUGGUUCUAAGCUUACCUGGGAAAGGCUAUGCUUUCUAAGGAGGAAGGAAGUAAGCUCUCAGACACUGAAAAGCCCUCCUUGGUUUUCUGCUUUGAGGUAAGAGCAUGUUCAUUCCCAUCCCAAACAUCAAGGCUAGCAGAGACCAAUGAAAGGAGAGAGGAAAGAAACAGAGAAAAGAGGAAGAGAGGACUACUGUUUGGGACUUUUCAAGGCACACGAAAUACUUGAAAAUUUCUCAUUUGUGUUAUUUAUGAUGUUGUUUUGUACAAUGUUUUUAUUAUUGUAUUGUUUUAUAAGUGGAGGUACGGGGCAUUACCUGAAUUACUAAUGAAAGCCCAGGAAGUAAUUUUCUUCUCAUUCUUCUAAAACUACUGCCUCUGAGAGCGCAUACGUGCUCUUGCACACACCCAGUGCUCCAGUUUAAGUCACACGCAUGAGCACCACCGUGGCUGGUGAGCCAGCGUACCGGGCUGCGAAACGAAGACGCUGAAGUAGUGUGUAUCCAAGUCGCAUUGUGUCGACGCAAUCAGUUUUCUAACUGUACCCUCCUUGUCUCUCUGACCGUCUUCUUGCUUGUGAUGUCCCCAGAACUCCCCAAGAGUGUUCCCCACCCUGUGUUCAUUAUACACAGUCAUUAUGUGUACAACUCUUUGGUCUUGCCCUAUUAUUAUCGUGACUUUGAGAUUGUGCCUGUACUCACAGACUGCUGUCUCUCAACUAGGUCUGGAAAGUCAUUCCGAAUGAGAAGUAAAUUAUUUUAUGUAAUACA